CACAAAAAUCUGACGAAAAUUUGACAUUUUCUUCAUCGUCAUCAACUCCAAAGACUGUGCAGGCUGAACCUCGAAAAGCAGAGAAGAAAACUUUUCGCUCGAGUGGAAUAUUCAGAUUAAAAUCACCAACUAGAUCUCGCGAAGAAAUGUCUACCAGUUUAAUUGAAAAGACUGAAAAGCAAAUUUUGUCUUCGAGUAAAGGACCGGAAAGAAAAAUUUCAUUUCAUAGUCAAAGAUUAAGUUUGAAAUGUAAGUUUUUAAUAAUUAACCAAGGAAAAAAUGAUUCGUACGAUGAAUCAUUUUCACCUGGGUACAUUUUAAAAAUAUUUUAUUAAAAUAACAAUUUAAAAAUUUUAAUUUAUUUAAUUCCUUUUUUUCUUUUUCAGCACCAAGUGAUUCUCCUGAAAAGCUGUCACCGUGUUCAGUUCACCGUGUACCAACAGAAACAUCAUUAUCAUUAUCGUCAUCAACUGGACCUGAUUUAAAAAUCACUUCUUCAAAAGUAGAGAAAUCGAAAAAGCAAGAAGCUAAAUUUUCCCAUUCAACAUCAACUUCAAAAAGAGAUGGUAAAAUUUUGUAUUCUUUUUUCUUCUUUUAUAUUUUCUUAAUCUCUCUCAAUAUAAAAUUAAUAAAAUUUUCAUUUCUUCCAAUUAUAGGUGUUGACUCAUCAAUUGAAAGUGGUGCUGGCCCCUCUUCAAAACGAAAGAAAUACAGUGUCGAGAAAUCUACAAUUGGUGUUUCUUCAAACAGAAAAAGAACGUCAAUUACUUUGGAUAAUGAAAAUAUUGAUAAACCGUUGCAUCAUAAAGUGAGAAGAAGAUUGGAAUUAAUGGGAACAGAAAAGCAUACGGUAAAAGUUUGUUUGGGAAAAUUAUGUAAAUCAGCAAACAUUAAAAAUCGAAUUGAAGAAGAUGCAAAGGUUGUUUCAUCAAUGAUGUAUGAGGCAACAACAAUGGCAUUAUUCGGCCUAUAUGAAGAAACGAAUGUUGAAAAUGUUGAAAAUUGCCCAUCAUUGUUGGAGAAAUGGACCAACAAUGGUCCCGACUUUCUGUCAUUUUUAAUAUCAUUAAAGCAGAAAGUAAAUGCUCAACGUAAAGUAACUGAACAGGAUGCGAAAAUAAAUACAAUGGUCAACGAAUAUAAAGAAUUAAGGAAUGACAUUCCACUUUAUGACGGAGAACAUAGAACGGCAAUAAUUCAGGAGGCAGCUUUAGUGUUGAAUCGAAACUUUAAAACAAAUUUCACGACGCAUGCAGCAUCACGAUUAAGAAGAUAUUUGCAGCUAUUAAUGGAAAUUGAAGACGAAGAAAAAAAUCAUAUGGAAGUAGAUGAAAUUCAAGAAAUUUGUUCAGUUUACCGUAUCAAAAAUGAUAAUGAUGAAAAAAUAAAAAUUAGGAGUUUUAAAAAUAGCAUUAAAAAUGAACAAAGAAAAGAAUUUCAAAAAUCUCAAAAAAAAAUUCCAGAUGAAAUGCGAGAAAAAAAUACAUCAGACUAUUGCGAUGAAAGAUAUGUUCGACAGGAAAAAUAUCGCAAACAUUGCGAUAAAGUCUAUUAUAAAAAAAGGCCAAGAAGGCGAAGAAAAAAAUCGAAAAAGGAAAAAGAAGAAGAAAAAGAGAAGAAUGAGGAAAAAGAAAAAGAGAAGAAUAAGGAAAAAAAGAAAUUUCGAAAAAGAAGGCCUUCAUUUUAUAAACAAUCUGUUGCUGCUUUAAAUCUCCUGCUGCAAGAAAAUAAAUGUAAAGUGAAAGGAUUCCCUAUUGAUUUACUGAAAAAGGAUGAUGAUGAUGAUGGAAGAAAAUUGGACUUUACAAAAUUGACAAAAGAUGAAGAAUGGCAUAAAUUUUUGCCAUUUUUCAUUAUGAUUCAACAAGAAUUUCAUGAUAAAAAGAAGAAGAAUUUCACAUUAAUUCCACAAAUUUCAUUAGGCGUGAAGCAUGUCGUUUAUACAAAUACUGCUUUAAAAGAUUUGCAAGUGGCAACUGUUAUUAAAGAAAUUAAAGAAAAAAAGGCAAUUUUACAAAAAAAGAAAAAAAAUUCAAGAAAGAAUAAGGAUCAUCUUCAAAGAGCAGUUGAUAAAAUGGACGAUGAAAUGAAGCGCUUAAGUGAAAUGAACAAUGAAGAAAGGUGGAAUUCAAUGUUCAACUUUAAAUCAAUCCAAAGAGGUCGAAAAAGAUUAAAGAAUGGUGGUAAAUUUUCUGGUACAGUAACGACAAAUGGUGUGGACGUGUCAGUAAUUUUUGAUUUACCCACAAAACAUGAUGUUGUACAAUCAAAGAAGAAAGUUGGAAGUUACAAAAAAUUUUGUGGUUUUGAUCCUGGUGCGAGGGCGACUCUGGCUGGCGUCAGUAGAGAAAACGAUCCUAAUCCAACCACUAAUGUAAAAAAGGAUUCAGCUAUUUACAUUGGUAGUUGGAUGAUGAGAUGGCAGAUGGGCGACUACAGAAGAAGAGAAUUAAUGAAGAAAAAAGGUAUAGACAUGCAAAAAUAUUACAAGCAACUUGCUGAGGAUCCAUGGAUGGAAAAUUUUUGCAUGACUAAUCCUCGAGAUCGCCAUCGCAUAACAAAAUAUAGAAUACAUCUUUUACAAAAUUUCCAAUCACUUCAUCAAAAAAGAUCCGUAACGCGUUUACGAAUUGAUCGAUAUUCAGCACAAAAGCGACAAGUUGAUCAACUUGUGAAUUGGAUAGUAGGUGAUACAAAGAAGAAACCCUGUUUCGUUGCUAUUGGUGGAGCUGAAAUACCUAAUUUUAUCAAGGGAUACACUAAAGCUCCUUUGAAACGUAUUCAACAAACUCUUUUUCAAAGAUCAGAAGAAUUAGGAAAGGAUAAAUUGCAAGUCGUGAAAGUAAAUGAGUUUAAUACAACAAAAAUGUGUAGUCGCUGUGUGAGACCACUUAAAAUAUCCAAGAGUCCCCAUCGAUACACUUAUUGUGCGAAAUGCAAAACAACGUGGGAAAGAGACGUAAAUGCAGGGCGUAAUAUUCUUAAUCUUGCACUUGUUCAAGAGAAGAUCAUACCAAAGGAUUCCAUAAAAAAUCACCAUCUAUUUCGGAUCAAGAAUCAUGACAUUGAACAUGAGGCUGCAGAAUUGCAGAAAUAAUUUUUCCCAUCACUUUCAACAUUCAUUUUUAAAUCACUAAGUAAAUCUCUUAAAGGACAAUGAAAAGGAGGAACCUCGACAACCGGAAAUACAAAUUUCUACGAUGGACAAUAUACUGCUUAAUUGCGGAAAUAAUUUAACAAAACAUUAUUCGGUCCUGGUGGUGAUGGCUUUUUGCCAUUGUACAUACCGGGAGAUCUCUUAUGAGAUCCGAACCAGCCUGUAAAAAGGCAUACCAGGUUUUUUAAGAAAUUAAAAAACAUGCUACUUCUUUUAUUGAUUAUUGUUUGAAUUUUUCAAAUUUUUUAUAAAAACAAAAGCACAUUUGUGUUUUUUUUUAUAAAUUAAAAUAAUCAAUAAUAGGAGGGGAGGUAAUUUUGUAAAACACAUUUAUUUCUUUAAAUUUAAAUCAUUUUUCU